AUGCCCGUCUAUCUCAUUUCUCGGAUCGGAGACCCUCUCUUCGCCCUCACAAUGGGCAUCACGGCCGCCAUGACCCGCAUCCGCCGCGACCAACAAGAGAAGAAUCCGGAGCAGGCCUCGCAGAUUGGGUACGGGACUGUGGUGCAAAUGGGCGGACAGCGCUUGCAGCGGUGGUGGAAUGGGGAUUUCCAAGGCCUUUAA